GGGGUUUUCUUCUCAAAAUAAGGGGUGAAGCGUGUUAGCUAACCCCGAAAGCGUAAAUAUCCCGACGUGUGAAUAUGUCCAGCGAGUUUUAGCGGCGUUAGUGUGACACAAAGCGACGUCGCGCUGAAAUGAGCGAGAGAAGCGGUUGAUUCGCUCGUCGGUGGAACAGAGAGAGUCGGGUACGACGAAGAUGAUCGAACCAGAGCUACUAACCGAGGUCCCGGCGGCGCUGAAGCGCUUGGCCAAGCAGGUGGUGAGGGGUUUUUACGGCGUGGAACAUGCCUUGGCCCUGGAUGUGCUCAUCCGUAACCCAUGCGUGCGUGAGGAGGACAUGCUGGAGCUGCUCAAGUUUGACCGCAAACAGCUGCGAUCGGUACUCAAUACCCUGAAAGCAGACAAGUUUGUCAAGUGCCGCAUGAGAGUGGAGACGGCCCCGGAUGGCAAGACAACACGGCACAACUACUACUUCAUCAACUACAGGGUACUGGUCAAUGUGGUCAAGUACAAACUGGAUCACAUGCGGCGGCGCAUUGAGACAGAUGAGCGAGACUCCACCAACCGUGCCUCCUUCCGGUGUCCCUGCUGCUUCUCCACCUUCACCGACCUGGAGGCCAACCAGCUUUUUGACCCCAUGACAGGAACGUUUCGCUGCACCUUCUGCCAGACGGAGGUAGAAGAAGACGAGUCCGUCUGUCCUGACGCCAGGACGCUGGUGGCCCGCUUCAAUGAGCAGAUCGAGCCCAUCUAUGCUCUGCUACGUGAGACCGAAGACGUGAACUUGUCCCAUGACCUGCUGGAGCCCGAGCCUGCCGAGAUCCCUGCUCUCAAACAGAGCCGUGAACGUGCCGCAGCAUCUGCAGGAAACGCAGCGAGCGGUCCGCACCGGGAAGCCUGGUCUAACAAAGGAUCAUCCUACGCCGACCUGUACACCCAGAAUGUGGUUAUCAAUAUGGAGGAGCAGGAUGAGCAGCAGAAGCAGGCCAGUGAGGGCAAGGCACCCAAGGAGAGGCCGGUGUGGUUGACCCACAGCACCGUGCAGGGCGCUUACAGCGAGUCCGACAUCCUGAAGAACCGUGGUGACGUCGCACCCGGAGCGCAGGACGGAGCGGCUGGUCACGGAAUUGGUCAGGCGGAUGAGAAUGAGGAAGUGAUGCGCGCUCUGCUCAUCCAUGAGAAGAGGGCUGUUGCAGGACCAGGCGUAGGUGGAGCGAGCUCUGCUGCCAGAAGCCUCACCUCCGCCACGGCCAACGCCAGCGACUCGGAGAGCGACACCAGCGAAUCGGAUGAUGAAUCUCCCUCGGGCCCCCCUCCCGCCACCGCUGCCCCGCACCGGGCCGAAGAAGACGAGGAGGAAGAGGACGACGACGAGUUUGAGGAGGUGGGGGAUGAGCCGAUGGUGACGGUGGGAGGUCGGUCGUUCUCCUACAGAGAGGUGAGCCAGAGGCCGGAGCUGGUGGAGCAGAUGUCUGCACAGGAGAAGGAGGCUUACAUUGAAAUGGGACAAAACCUCUUCCAAGACAUGUACUUCUGAACACACAUCAUAAAGCUGUAUAUACGGACAUCUACACACAUACAAUGAUUCAGACUGAUGGUUAUGUCUGCUGUCUCCGGCUGUCAGCGGUGAUAUCUGGGAAAUGUUUGUGCACAAGAAGAAAACAAGAUGCUGCUCAAGAAGUACAGUCCGGCUUCACGAUCCUUUAUCUUAGGAGUCGAGGACGUGCUUUGACAGUGUUGCCCAAGUGAUCACACUUGUAGUAUUCAGUCCUAAGUAUUCCUGAACGUCACCAAACCAGAAGGGAGCCGGCCUGCUGCAGAGUGCCAACUCCUUCCUUUAUUUUGUCUCUUUCUAUUUCCUUUCAGCUGUAAGUUUUAACAGGUUCUUCACUCGUCAGUCUCUCAUGCUGCAGACAGAAGGGAUGCGCUUCCGCUUUAAUCAAUACAGCUUUCUACACGUCGGGACCUUGUGCUUGAUGUCAAUUUUCAAGAAUGGCCAUUGAUUGUGUAUUGGGCUGUUAGAACUGCCAAGAGGUGUCUAAGUGCAGAGCAGUAUUAGCGCUGCUGCCGGUUCCUCUGCGCCGCCUGUAGAGACACGAUGAAAGGAAGAACGUCUUCUGUUACUGAACAAGUUAACAGACUGCCGCUAAAAGCCCGUCUCAGGCAAGACGGGAAGAACAUACGGGCCAACUGUUGUGCUUACCAGUCAGACGUUUGUUAUUUUGAGCAAUCUGUAAUAAAAAGAUCCUGCAGUACA